UUUCAGACAUUGAGCAGACCACGUGUCUGACUCAGAUAUAAAUCGGCCGUUACGAUGUUGCCACGUAAGGCAAUCUGUCAACCAUACAUAUAAUAUAAUAUAAUACAAAUUCAAUUUCAAAUCAAUCGACUGCUACGGCUCCGAACAUGAGAAGGGGGAAAAAAUGCUGAUUUAGACCAAAGUCCCAUCGCAAGUACAUCAUCAAAAUCUAUGUCAAACAGGUAUGUUAUAUAUUUCGUUUUCUCUCUUGGAUCUGAACCAACCAUGUCAUAAGAGUAAUGUUUUCCUCCGGUUUCUCGGAAACCAAACACCGCUUUCUUUCUUUAUCAAUCUCAAGCUUCACACUUGUCUCGGCAAAAGGAAAAAUCUCGACUUUUUUUUUUUCUGGGUGAGAGAAAAAUCUGAACCUUUACCAGAAACAGAUAACACUAAAAACCCACGUAGAUCGUACUGUAAAGGUUGAUCCUUUUACGGGAUCCACCAUCAUGGCCGUUGAUUCGGCUGAUAAGCGGCACGUCGUCGUCAAGAUCAACGGUGACGGCGGUCAAUACGCCGGCGGUUUCGACUUCUUGGGUCGGUCGGAGGAGACGGAUCCGCCGUCGAGGCUCAUCGAUCGUUUCCUCCACCAGCAGAAAGCUUCCGGCGAGUUCUCACUCGACAUGGACAUCAACAUGGCGGAGCUACAGAGCAACACCACGCCGCCACGUGGCCUGACGGCGAUUUCUGAAUCUCCGUCUCCGGCGACGGCGAGUUACCGUGAGACUAACGGAAAUACUGACGCCGUUAGAUGGAGACAGAGCACGGUCCUGAAUUCGCCGGCGCAAAUGGGCGGUGACUGCAGUGGCGACGAAGAAGAGGAAGAUGAAGCAGAGGUUGUUCACUGCAGCUCGAACAGGUCGUUGAGGAACAAAACUCUGCUGAAGACAAAGACGAGAUCCAGGUUGUUGGAUCCGCCGACGCCGGCGCAUCCAUCGACGGACAGGACAGAGAUGAAGUCUGGUCGGAUUCGGAAAUCUGGGUUUAUGGGGAAGAGCCCUAAGACGGCGACGGCCACGCCUCGCGGUGUUGGCACAGUGGAGGAGGAGGAAGAAGAAGAUCCAUUUUCCGACGAGGACUUGCCUGAAAAGUUCAAGAAGGGUAAACUCAGCAUCUGGGUUUUGUUAGAGUGGAUAAGCCUGAUUCUGAUCGUAGCUGGUCUGGUCUGCAUCCUCACUGUCCCUUACUUGCGCGGCAAGAAACUGUGGAACCUAGAUCUAUGGAAAUGGGAUGUAAUGAUUCUGAUUUUGAUAUGUGGAGGACUGGUUUCGAGUUGGAUAGUGAGGAUUGUGGUGUUCUUCAUUGAGAGCAACUUCCUUUUGAGAAAGAGGGUUCUGUACUUCGUGUACGGCAUCCGAAAACCGGUUCAGAACUGCCUGUGGCUCGGGCUCGUGUUGAUCGCUUGGCAUUUCUUGUUCGACAAGAAAGUCGAGAGAGAGACUCGGAGCUCGCCGCUUAAGUAUGUCACCAAGGCUUUGAUCUGCUUGCUCGUCGCUGUCAUCAUCUGGCUGGUGAAAACCCUUCUGGUUAAGGUUCUUGCCUCUUCAUUCCACAUGAGCACAUACUUUGAUCGGAUUCAAGAAUCGUUAUUCACGCAGUACGUAAUCGAAGCUCUCUCGGGUCCUCCUCCGAUCGAGAUCCAGAGAACCGAGGAAGAGGAAGGGAAACUCAAGAACGAGGUGAAGAGAGGAGAUUCAUUGCCACAGGGUCUAAAGGGAAAGGCCGUUGUAGGAAGUGGAAGGUCACAGAAAAGUCCUGCGAUUUCUAGGGUUUGUUCGAAGAAGGAGAAAGACGAAGAAGACGGGAUAAGGAUCGAUCAUUUGCAGAGACUGAACACUAAGAACGUCUCGGCAUGGAGGAUGAAGAGACUGAUAAACAUUAUCCGAAAGGGAUCCCUUUCAACUUUAGACGAACAGAUUCAGGAGGCCACAGAGAUAAGAAGCGAAUACGAAGCAAAACUCGCAGCGAGGAAGAUUUUUCAGAAUGUUGCAGAACCAGGAUCCAAGUACAUAUAUUUCGAAGAUCUUCUACGAUUUCUGUCAGAAGAAGAGGCUGAAAGGGCAAUGGGACUCUUCGAAGGAGCUUCUGAAAGCCGUCGGUUAACCAAAUAUUGUCUGAAAAACUGGGUGGUUAACGCGUUUCGGGAAAGGAGGGCGCUUGCCUUAACACUGAACGACACCAAAACGGCGGUGAACAAGCUUCAUCACAUCGUCAAUGUGUUGGUGGCCAUUGUUAUAGCAGUCAUCUCGCUUCUUAUACUCGGAAUCGCCACAACGAAAUUCUUGCUUCUGAUAAGCUCUCAGCUCCUGCUCGCGGCAUUCGUGUUUGGAAACUCGUGCAAGACCAUCUUUGAAGCUAUCAUCUUCCUCUUCGUUAUGCAUCCUUUUGAUGUCGGUGACCGUUGCGAAAUCGAUGGCGUCCAGAUGAUCGUAGAAGAGAUGAACAUCUUGACGACAGUUUUUCUCCGAUACGAUAACCAGAAGAUCGUUUACCCGAACAGCCUUCUCGGAACGAAAUCGAUCGCGAAUUACUACCGCAGUCCCGACAUGGGAGACGCAAUCGAGUUCUUCAUCCACAUCACUACUCCAUCCGAUAAGAUCUCCGCCAUGAAACAGAGGAUUCUCAGUUACGUGGACAUCAAGAAAGAGCAUUGGUAUCCAGCUCCGAUGAUCGUGUUCAAAGACAUGAACGGUCUGAACAGCGUGAAGAUUGCCGUGUGGCUCACGCAUAGGAUGAACCAUCAGGACAUGGGAGAAAGAUGGACGAGGAGAGGUCAAUUACUGGAAGAGAUGGCCAAAAUCUGCAGAGAACUCGAUAUUCAGUACCGCUUGUACCCUCUGGACAUCAACGUCUUAAGCUUUCCUCAAGUCGUGUCUGAUCGUCUUCCUCCUGGUUGGCUCCAGCAACAUGGGAACUGAAAAAAAAAAAAAUCUGUAACAACAAGUUUGUGUUUUUUUGGGUUCAUCGUGAAAGAAGAGAGAGAAAGAGAGAUUCUUCCGUUUUUUGCGAGAAGAUGGAUCUGUUUUUUUAAUAACUCUUGAAUUUUUUUAAUAAUCCGAAAGUUUCGAAUA